AUGUCUUACAAUGACCCUGCCAGGGGUCUCCCAACCCAUCCCACACAAGCCCUAGAUUUUUCCGAGGACGUACCACGCUACACGGCAGGGGAACUCGCCUCUCGCCUUCUGCGCCUUGCCGAAUCGCAUGAGCCAGUCGAGGGGGCCAACAGCGCUGCGCGCUCAGUUUGCACAGACUGUCUCCGGAUGGCCAUCGGCAGGAGUGCUUGUCCCCACGGGUGUUUCCCCCGCGAUCGACGUGAGCGUCCUCUGCUUUUGUACCGGGGAGAGCUUUUGGCCGCUGGAGUCACUCCGGAUCAAAUUGCUGCACUUGUGGGCCCCAGACCCUCUGUCGCUGCUCCUGGUUCGUCGGGUAGCGUUGGCCCCGGUCACUCGUCGUCAGCUUACAAUAGCCUGCGUGGCCCAGCGUCCCCAGCGCCCCCCGUUUCCUCAGUAUCCGCUAUAGCUUCCUCCGCCACUAUGGCAUCGGGUUCGUCUGGAGUAACGUAUUUACCUGUCACCCCAACGCGUUCGCACUCGGGCUUGUCGAGCGCUCGCGCCACUGCUCGGCAGGCGGCUCCGGCUGGGGCACCUGCUGUCGCUGCCGCUCCGGGGGAUCCUCCCGCACUUGGUUACGAAUACGAGCCACACUUUGACCAGUACAACGCUGACAUCAAGACUUGGUAUGUUGUCGUCGCGGGUCGAAGUGUUGGAGUGUUCGGGAACAUCGUUGACAUGAUUAGUGCCACCAGUGGCGUGUCCAAAAACUACCAAUUUAGUCGUAACAACUAUCAAGAUGCUAUUGAGGCUUUUCGUAAGGCUCAGCACAAGGGCGAAGUGCGGACGCGCCAGUAG